AUGUUCAGCUUUGGUCGAAAGAAAAAAAUUAAUCAAGACGAUGAAAGUAUUAAAGAAAUUGAAAAAGUCGUACAUAAACUUGCACAAGAUGGAAAUGGUCGAAUACGUAUUGUAGACUUAGAAGCUGCUUUACAACGUAUUGAUGAAGAUAAUCGAUCGAAACCAGAAAGAAAGAAACAAGUGAGAAAAUUCCUUACAUCAUUAAAACCAAAAGGUGAUCGAAUUGAUGGAGAAAAAUUUCUUCAAAUAAUGCUUGAAAGACAAAAACAAUUGAAACUAAGUUUCGAAGAAAUUGAUUUAAAUAAAGAUGGUGUUGUUGAUCCAGUUGAAUUAGCGAAAGCAUUUUCACGUUUAAAAAUUGUUUUAAAAAAAAAAGAUUUGAUGAAAAUUAUUGAAGUACUUGAUCGCGAUAAAGAUUUUAAUAUAACAUUUUCCGAAUGGCAAACAUAUUUUCGUUUUGCACCAUCAACUGAAUUAGAAGCAUCACUUCGUUCAUGGCGUCGUGGUGUACAAUUAGAUACAAUUAAUGAACAACAAAUGCCUAAUUCAUAUACUGAAAAAGAACGUGAAAAUGGAUUUUAUGCUCGACAUUUUAUUGCUGGUGCACUUUCAGGCAUGGUUAGUCGAACUGUAACAGCACCAUUAGAUCGAUUAAAAAUUUAUAUGCAAGCGAUGGGAAAGAAAAAAUUAUUAACAACAGCAAGUACUCUGUAUGGAGAAGGUGGAGGUGGUGUGAAAGGUAUUCGAUCAUUUUGGCGUGGUAAUGGUAUUGCAGUAUUUAAAAUGACACCAGAAAUGGCUCUUCGACAAGGCAUUUUUGAAACAUUUCGUGAACUUCGUGGUGAUUAUGAUGAAAUCAUUGUAUCACCCGUAACAAAUAAAGAGUUAUUUGGUCUUGGUUGUUUAUCUGGUUUUAUAGCUCAAACAUGUAUUUAUCCAUUAGAAGUACUUAAAACUCAAGCUGCUAUGCGAACAACUGGACAAUAUAGUUCUAUAAUGGAUCUCAUUCGAAAGUUAUAUAGAAGUGAAGGUUGGAAAGUAUUUUAUCGUGGAUAUUUUGCCAAUUCUCUUGGAGUAUUUCCUGCUGCUGGUAUUGAUUUUGCUCUUUAUGAAUAUCUUCGACGAGUCUAUCGAGAAAAAGUGACUUCAUUAGAAGAACCAAGUAUUCUAACUUUAACAAUGAUUUCGAAUGUGAGUGCUCUAGCGGCAAUGUAUGCAUCAUAUCCAUUAUAUCUUAUACGAACAAGACAACAAUAUCAGAUUGUACCAGAAAAUAUGUUUGAAAUGAUGGGUAGAAUAUGGAGAAUUGAUGGAUGGCGUGGUUUCUAUUUUGGUUCAUUACCGAAUCUUGUCAAAGUUUUACCUGCAUCAACAGUCGCCUAUUUAACAUUUGAUUAUUUUUCAAGUCUAUUUGAUAUUGAUGAAUAA